AUGAGUACACGUGAGUCUGGGGUCUACGAUGAGUACACGCAAUUCUGCGCGGGGAACGGGUGGAAGGCGCUGAGCAGCGCAGACUUCGGCAAGGUGAUGAAGCAGGUCUUCCCCAACGUGCGGCCCCGCCGUCUGGGGCAGCGUGGGGCCUCCAAGUACUGCUACAGCGGCCUCAGGAAGACCUACAGCCUGCCUUCCCCACACCUCCCCGACCUCUUCCUUGAUGAGGGGGGCGGGGGGAAGAAGGUGUUUUGGAGAACUGGGAGCAACAGCCCCGUGCAGAACAACAACAACAAUAACAAUAACAAUGAUAACAACAGUGAUAACAAUAAUUAUAACCCAUAUGAGAUGGUAGUGCUGGAGUGGGCUAGAGAAACCCUCUUAAAGAACACAAUAACAGAUAAAAACAACAGCAAUGUUGCAUAUAACAACAAUAAUGUAAAUAACGUCAAGAAAGAAAACAACGGUACUGAAGUUUGUCGUAAAAUACGGUUCGCAUCUGAUCCCGGUUAUACAACCAACAACAACCAGGUUGUUGGUUGUAAUAACCAAUUAAAAGGUUGUAAUAACAACCAAAAUUUGGUUAACACUGAAACUUCAACCACCACAACCACGGCAGCUACGGAGUUAGGUUGUGUUACGUCAACCGAGAAAACAAGAAGCGGGUUGACUACCAUGGUUGCGCUGGCCCAGUAUUUGGUUGCUAAGAAGCUGGUGGCAACCAACACUGCACACGCUAUGGCCGUCGCUACCAACUCAGCUGGAGACAGUCCGCCCCUGCAGCGCUCCACGGUGCUGCAGCUCCAGAAGAAGAUACACGACAGGGACCAGAAGCGCAAGCUCCAGGACACAAGCCCCUGUUUUUCGGCAGCAUCAAAGUCCCAACAACAACAAAUUUGUGUGAAUUCAACCACCAACAACAACAGCGGCAACAACAACAGCAACAACAAUGACUUUACACUGACAGGUUUAGACAGACAGAAAACUCGAAGACGAAGCAGCAGCAGCAGCGGCAGUUCAUCCGCAAAUUCAUCCCGCAAUCCGUCCGGAGAUUCUGCAAUUUCCGGGGUAUCUUCUUUGUCCUCCUGUUCGUCCGCCUCCGCUGCCGCGGCCACCGGCCAGACCACCAAAACCGAGUGUCCAUCGUCCACAAUUGCGGACCAAAACCAGUCUGUGACAGGCGUGUCCGCAAAAAUGGACGGUUUUUCUUCCCGUCAAAAUCUGCUUAGCCAAGCCCUAACAGGUGGUAGCGCUUCUGUCCUACAACAACAGCAGCAUAACAACAGUAACAGCAACAGUAUUGUUGGAUCUGUUAUCACAACUGUUUGUAAUAAUGGACUUAACAGCUGUCAUGGUGGUGCAAAAUUAGUACAACAGCAACAACAACAACAGCAACAACAGUUACAGCAACAAUAUAUGUACUCUGGUAUGAGUAGUAACAAUAAUAAUGUUGGUAGCCUCGCUGGUUGCGUAGUGAAUACAAGUGUUGCUGGUAGUGUGGUGGUUAGCAACAAUAAUAAAGCCUCUACAAGCCACGGUGGAUCAGGAACCUGGAACACCACCAGCGAGAACAAUAACAAUGUGAACUCAAGCCUCGGAAGCAAUAACAUCGCGAGUAUCAACAACAGUUUAGUACUGAAACCUAUGGUCAUUUCAUCAUCCCAAACUUCAGUACUCCCAAACACCAACAACAAAACCUACACUCAAACCAGUGGCAGCAAACCCAGCAGCCAAAAAGCUUGCAGUUCACUCAAACAACUCACAACUCGGUACAAGAACAUCACCCCAAAACUUGACUCGGUCUCCUUCAAGCCGGGCACUCCAGGAGGUCAGGGGCCAUCUACAGCUCCUAGCAGAUUAGGCCAAUAUUCAUCAGACUCAACCAAGACCCAGGUACCCUACCUAGAAGAUACCGCGAGUAAUUCACAGGGAUCUAAAAGAUCCAGGACAGUUUCCGGUGCUGGAGUACCUCAAUGGAAGUUGGAACAAACAAAUGUAAAUAAAGUCCAGGAAGAUUGUUGCGGUAAAAGCUACGAAGGUGAUGUCAAAGCUGCCCCUCUGUACACUACAGACGGGAACGUUGCCCCUGCGGAUGAAGAUGAGGAUGUUCCUAAUGAAGUGACGCUCCAUGAACUCCGCACGGUGCUUAAACCGAUCAUUGGAGGAGCCGUGGGCCCUCCUGUGGGAGCCACGUAUCUUGCUCAGAACUCAGAACCCUGCAGGGUUCAGCGCAGAGCGUGUGAGUUCGCGCCCAUAGGUUCUGGGGUCGUCCCCUGUAAAGGGACUAACAAUAGCACUGCGUGUACAAGCGCUAACGCUUCCCCAUUCACGUCCCCGCAAAUGACACCGAUCUUGUCACGGUCCCGGCACAACUCGGGACAAUCCUCGACGUAUUUGACGCCACGUUCAACCCCGUUCAACCACGAGGACAACCUACAUUUGGGGGCAUCCGUCAACUCAACUCCAUUUGUUUCGCCUCUCACAACCCCGUAUGCUAGGUCCCGCCACAGCUCGUCCCAGAACCACCGAUUCCUGGGACACCAAAUUGGUCAAUUGAACCCAGGGACCACAAUCGGAGGCCCAGCACCUUCAUGCUCCGGGUCCCGCUCCCGACAUUCGUCUGGGGCGCGCCGGUAUCCUUACAACGUCCCUGAAGACCAUCUGCAUCACUACGCUCCUCCUAGCUAUCAAAAUAGGAUACAACAACGACGUCUCAGGAACUCCUCGGGGGGGACCAUUAUUCCUGCAUCCCCUCAGUCUGCCCCACUGUCUCCUCUCAUUGAUGGACAGGAGUUCUAUUCCUCAGGGGGAAUGGGGCCUUUGAUGGAAGGGCAUCAAGGGGACUAUCGCCGCCGACAUACCUCCGCGGGGCCUUUGAUCCCCAAUUACGGUCCACCUUCAGUCCCCCUGAACCAAAACCAACGGUUCACGGUUCUCUCGAACCAGCAGCACAACCUAUCCAGUUUCCCCACUUCUCGCCCCAGCGUUCCCCACCUCCAGCUCAACCCUGUCAUGGAAGUCCCUCUUGGUGACCAGCCCCAGAACCUUAACCGCCCACAGUCGGUCCCACUACCUGAUAUAUUAACCAACCAACCAUACUCCUUGUCGGUACCAAGCACGCCUUUGCUCCACCACAACCAGUAUCAGGGAAGCAACCACAAACACCUGUGUGGUGGAGACUCCAACUCCAACAACGCUAACCUCCUUGGAGUCCAACGCACCGGACACUUCAACUUCGACACAAGUCUGCCUCCUUCCUGUGCACCAACUCCUGUCCCAUCGGAGUUCGCUGAUUUUGUUCCAGAUCCUUGCCUUGAUUUCAGUUAUCCUAUGCCUGAUAUGGAAUCCUUCAGUGGGGUCCUUGAGAACUUCGAACCAAUGUCGGAAAGCAGCCCCCCUUCAGAUAAUCCUUUCUCGGAAUUCAACUCUCGACAAAGUUGUUCACAAAAUUUACCAUAUUCAUCUUGCUUCAAGGAUAAAAAUACGGUUAGUGGUGCGGUUUCUUCGUUUGAUCAAAUGAAUGUUUCAUUUACCAACAACCAAGCCUAUCACCAAUCAAGUGGUGGUGAUGGUGGUGUCUCAAACACCACAACCACCACCACAACCUACCACCACCAACACCAGAAUUACGAUAACGAAAACGCGUCGAACCCUUUCAUCUCCGCCACCCACUACCCCAACUUCAACUCCAGCGCCGACAACAACAACACCAUGGAGCCCUGCAGCUCCACUGCCUCCACCAGCAGCAACAUGCCCCAGUUCCCCAAUAGAACCCCUCCAGGAGAGGUUUUCUCACCCCCCGGGGUUCAGAUGUCAUCCACAGAAAUAACCCUAAACGCCCUCAACACAGACCCCUCAGGGGUUGGCUAUUGUCAGUCUGUAAUGUCAGACCUUGUAGACCAUGAUGCAGGUUUUGGGAGUCUGGAUGAGGUGUUCCAGCCCAGCCUGGGUCUAGAAUCAGACCAAGAGCUCACCGGUCUAGUGCUAGACUCUAACUGAAGGUCUAGAGCGAACAGUUCGUGGUAGAAACUGUGUAUGUAUGAAAAUAAGGAGUUAAGGUCUGAACUAAGGAGUUUGGGUCUGAACUAAGGGUAUAAAAGCUGGUCUAUGAGGUUAAAACGGUCUAAAAAUGGUCUUUAAGGGUCUGAAUAUGAGCGAGGCUGCUUCUUAGUGGUCUAAGAUGUAAAGUGUGUCAUGACAAGGCGUAAAGUGUGUCAUGACAAGGCGUAAAGUGUGUCAUGACAAGGCGUAAAGUGUGUCAUGACAAGGCGUAAAGUGUGUCAUGACAAGGCGUAAAGUGUGUCAUGA